CCGAAAAAAGAAAGAAAACAAACGGAGAAAAGAAACGAAAAGACCCAGACUCUCCUCUCUGUCGCUCUGAUCGCUUUCUCUUUCAUCUCUGGCGAUUCUCCCUCUUUACCUUUGUUUCUGUGUCUUCAUUUAGGUGGGUUUCGCAUUUUGGUUCUUAACAGACGGGAUUAGAGAGGUGAUUUACUGUUUUCUUCUUCGUUUUCUGGUUUUUUUUUUUUCUUCUUUUGGAGCUUGUUUUUUUUUUUUGUUAUUUAAAUUUAAUGACUGUCAAGAAAAGGACAUUUCUCUUGCCCUAGGUUCUGAAAUGCUUUCUGCGAUCUGAUCUCCGUACUCUCCUCGUUUUUACUACUUGUUUAUUCGGGUGUGUUUGUGUGUGAUUUUGAUUUUUUUAAUUAUGAUUUUGAUUUUUAAUGAUCAUAAUAAUAAGUACUGUUGUUUGAAUUUAGGUUGUUCUUAAUUGUAUGUCCAAUUAUAUGUGCAUUUGAAGACGCCAUUGUUGUACACUUUUGAAUCUCUGUUUUCGUUAUCAUUGUUGCAUAGCCUGUUGAUUUGGAUUCAAUUAAGCAAAAUAGCGUGCGUCUUGUGUUAGAGAGAGAGAGACAGAGAGAGAGAGAGAGAGAGAGAGAGAGAGAGAGAGAGAGAGAGAGAGAGAGAGAGAGAGAGAGAGAGAGAGAGAGAGAGAGAGAGAGAGAGAGAGAGAGAGAAAGACAGCUUGCAGUGUGACGUUGAUUUGUGUUGGAGCAGAAUUUGGGGUGUUCUUGUGCUCAAUGCUCAAUUGGAUGGUGAAGAAUUAAGCUUCCUGAUGCUUCACAUGCCCGGAAGGCAGAUUCCACGUUAGCUGGAGGAGGGAGUUCUUCGACAUUUGCAUUCUCCGCGAGUUGUAGUUGUUGGCUCAAAGUGGACAUUGGAAAAACUAGUAAGACCUGUUCCUCAUUCCUCAGAGACGUGACGGUCAUCCUAAAAACCAUCUGAAUGCAUCACCUGGAAAUGUUUGGGUCAAAGCAAGCUGCUAAAGAAGAUCUGAAGUUAGCCGAAGCAGAGGACCUUUACGGAUAGAAAAGGGAUUAAGGCAGCUAAGGAGCAAGCUAAAGCUGCAUGUUAGUGCAAAUGCCAAAGUCUCCCUCCUCUAAACUAGAAGACUCUGUACACGUAUCUUCUUCUCAGUCGAGGGGCUCCAAUGGAACAAAGGCAAUGGAUGAUCCAGAGAAAGAGAUGGCCACAGUUGCUCGACUUAUUGAGCAACUGCACGCCAAAAUAUCUUCACCACAAGAGAAAGAACUUACCACAGCACGUCUGCUUGGUAUUGCCAGAGGAAAAAAGGAGGCAAGGACGCUUAUUGGUUCUCAUGCCCAAGCAAUGCCAUUGUUUGUAUCUGUACUCCGGAAUGGAACCCCUGUGGCAAAAGUGAAUGUUGCUCUAACUCUGGGUGCUUUAUGCAAAGAUGAAGAAUUGCGGCUAAAGGUGCUUCUAGGUGGAUGUAUCCCACCAUUACUUUCACUUUUGAAAUCUGAAUCAAUUGAAGCUAGGAAGGCAGCAGCAGAGGCAGUAUAUGAAGUAUCUGCUGGUGGACUUUCAGAUGAUCAUGUUGGUAUGAAAAUAUUCGUUACAGAAGGUGUAGUACCAACUUUAUGGGAUCAGCUAAAUCCCAAAAAGAAGCAGGACAAAGUAGUUGAGGGAUUUGUAACCGGGGCGUUGAGAAAUCUUUGUGGUGAUAAGGAUGGAUAUUGGAGAGUAACACUUGAGGCUGGAGGAGUAGACAUCAUAGUAGGUCUUCUAUUUUCUGACAACCCUGCUUCUCAGUCCAAUGCGGCUACUCUGUUGGCUCGGAUGAUGUUGGCUUUCAGUGACAGUAUUUCUAAAGUAAUUGAUUCUGGUGCUGUCAAAGCUUUGCUUCAGCUUGUAGGUCAGAAAAAUGAUAUUACUGUUCGUGCCAGUGCUGCUGAUGCUCUGAAGGUGCUCUCAUCGAAGUCAACCAAUGCCAAGCAAGCUGUUAUAGAUGCCGAUGGUGUUCGUGUGCUUAUUGGGGCUGUAGUUGCUCCUUCUAGAGAGUGUAUGCAAGGGGAGCAUGGCCAAACUUUGCAGGAGCAUGCAACACAAGCUUUGGCAAAUAUAUUCGGUGGGUUGUCUGCAUUAAUACUAUAUCUUGGGGAACUAUCACAGUCUUCUCGGCUAUCUGAACCAAUAGCUGAUGUAAUUGGAGCCCUUGCCUAUGCCCUGAUGGUCUUCGAGCAAAGUUCUGAUGGUAAUGAGGAAACUUUGAAUCCAACGCAUAUAGAAGGUAUAUUAGUGAAGCUACUAAAGCCUCGAGAUACAAAGUUAAUUCAAGAGGCUAUCCUUGAGGCUAUGGCUAGCUUGUAUGGCAACACCUGCCUAUCAAGACUGCUGAAUCAUGCAGAAGCAAAACGGGUCCUUAUUGGACUCAUAACUAUGGCUGCUGCUGAUGUACGGGAGCACUUGAUAAUUUGCCUUUCCCGCUUAUGUCACGACGAAUUAUCCCUUUGGGAGGCCAUUGACAAGAGAGAAGGAAUUCAGUUACUCAUGUCAUUCCUGGGAUUAUCCAGUGAGCAGCAUCAAGAGUAUGCCGUUCAGUUGCUAGCAAUCUUGACUGACCAAGUUGCUGAGAGCAAGUGGGCUAUCACUGCUGCUGGUGGGAUUCCUCCAUUGGUGCAGCUGUUGGAGACUGGAUCGCAGAAGGCAAGGGAGGACGCAGCGCAUAUCCUAUGGAAUUUAUGCUGUCAUAGUGAGGACAUCCGUGCCUGUGUUGAAAGUGCGGGAGCAAUUCCAGCAUUCUUAUGGCUUCUAAAAAAUGGAGGACCAAAAGCCCAAGAAGCUUCAGCCAUGGCACUAAAAAAGCUUGUUCGAACUGCCGAUUCUGCCACCAUUAAUCAGCUACUAGCUUUGCUUCUAGCAGACUUUCCAAUCUCAAAGUCCCAUAUAAUUGGAGUUUUGGGUCAUGUACUUGCAGCAGCGUCACAUAAGGAUCUUGUGCAUAAAGGAUCUGCAGCUAAUAAAGGAUUGAGUUCUCUUGUCCAGGUCCUCAACUCCUCAAAUGAGGAAACUAAAGAACGUGCAGCUUCUGUCCUGGCUGAUCUAUUUAGCACAAGGCAAGAUAUAUGUGAUAGUCUUGCAACUCAUGAGAUUGUUAAUCCGUGCAUGGAACUUAUGACCAGCAAUACUCAAGUUGUUGCAACACAAUUGGCUCGGGCGUUGAGCGCUCUGUCCCGGCCAACCAAGGAAAAAACUGCUAAGAAGAAGACUUAUAUUCCAAAGGGAGAUGUCAAACCUCUAAUUAAGUUGGCUAAAACUUCUUCUAUUAAUUCUGCUGAAACUGCUGUUGCUGCAUUGGCCAACCUUUUAUCUGAUUCCCAUGUUGCUGCUGAAGCGCUGGCAGAAGAUAUUGUGUCAGCUUUGACAAGGGUGUUGAGAGAUGGAACUCCAGAAGGUAAAAAGAAUGCAUCAAGAGCUCUUCAUCAAUUGCUGAAGCACUUCCCAGUAGGUGAUGUGCUCACAGGAAAUAUUCAGUGUCGUUUUGUUGUUCUUGCCCUCAUUGAAUCCUUGAAUUCAAUGGAUAUGCAUAAAAGAGAUGCUUUGGAUGUUUUAGAAGUAGUUGCACAAUUGGCUAGAACAAAACAAGCGGUGAAUUGCACUUACCAACCAUGCUCUGCCCUUGCUGAAGUUCAAAGUUUAGAGUUACUUGUGCGAUGCCUGGCUGAGGGCCCUCCACCAGUACAGGACAAAGCAAUAGAAAUUUUGUCUAGGCUGUGUGCUGACCAUCCGGUUGUGCUAGGUAACCUGUUAGUUGCACAAUCAAAGUCAGUUAGUUCAUUAGCUAAUAGAAUAAUGAAGUCUUCCAGCUCAGAGGUGAGAGUCGGAGGGAGUGCAUUGCUCAUAUGUGCCGCAAAAGAGCACAAACAGCAGUCGAUGGAUGAACUGCAUCUCUCUGGAUAUUUAAAACCCCUUAUACAUGCUUUGGUGGAUAUGAUGAAACGGAAUUCUAGAUGUUCUUCUUUAACAAUUGACGUUCGAACACCAAGAGGCUUUCUGGAAAGAACUGCAUUUCAGGAAGGUGACAAAUUUGAUGUUCUGGAUCCAGCCACAAUCUUGGGCGGCACCGUUGCGUUGUGGUUAUUAUCCUUAAUAUCUUCCUUUCACCUGAAGAACCGAGUCAUUGUAAUGGAAGCUGGUGGACUUGAUGCUCUAUUUGAGAAGCUUUCGUAUUAUACUUCCAAUCCGCAGGCAGAAUAUGAGGAUACAGAAGGUAUUUGGAUUACUGCUCUGCUCCUGGCCAUUCUGUUCCAGGACGCCAAUCUUGUUAUCUCACCAACAACAAUGCACAUCAUUCCAUCACUUGCUAUUCUGCUAAGAUCGGAUGAAGUGAUUGACAGGUUUUUUUCUGCCCAAGCAUUGGCUAGUCUUGUUUGUAAUAGAAAUAAAGGAAUCAACCUUGCAAUUGCAAAAUCAGGUGCUGUUCCGGGGCUAAUAAACCUUCUUGGUUACAUAGAAUCAGAUUUAUCAAAUUCUGUUGCCCUAUCACAAGAAUUUUCUCUAGUACAAAGCCCUGAUCAAGUUGUUCUGGAACACCUUUUUGAAAUUGAAGAUGUAAGAACUGGCUCUAUAGCCCGGAAAUCUAUUCCUCUGUUAGUGGAUCUAUUGAAACCAAUUCCAGAGAGGCCCGGUGCACCUCCAAUUGCUGUUCGACUUUUGACUCGUAUUGCAGAUGGAAGUGAUAUGAAUAAAUUACUUACGGCUGAAGCUGGAGCUAUAGACGCAUUGGCAAAAUACCUGUCUUUGAGCCCUCAAGAUUCGACUGAAUUCACUAUAUCAGAGUUGCUCAGAAUCUUGUUUACCAAUCCUGAUAUUAUCCGAUAUGAAGCAGUACUAGCUUCCUUGAAUCAGCUCAUUGCAGUUCUGCAUCUUGGGUCAAGAAGUGCAAGGUAUAGUGCUGCUCGGGCUCUUCAUGAACUUUUUGAGGCUGAAAAUGUUAGAGAUUCUGAAUUGGCAUGGCAGGCUGUUCAGCCAUUAAUUGACAUGCUUAACACUGCAUCAGGCAGUGAGCAAGAGGCUGCUCUGGUGGCCUUGAUUAAGCUGACUUCAGGUAAUACUUCAAAGGCGGCUUCGCUUACUGAUGCUGAAGGAAAUCCACUUGAAAAUCUCUACAAAAUAUUAUCAUCUGCUCCUUCCUUGGAGUCAAAGAUAAAUGCUGCUCAUCUCUGUUCUAUUGUCUUUGAUAGUAAAAAGGUCAGAGAUAAUCCAUUAGUCUCCGAAUGCAUGGAGCCCCUCAUAUCACUCAUGCAGUCUGAUUCAAAUAAAGCAGUUGAAGCUGGAGUAUGCGCCUUCGAGAAGUUAUUGGACGAUGAAAGACAGUUGGAACUUGCUGCCUCAUAUGAUGUUCUAAAUCUUCUUGUCGGCUUGGUAUCUGGGGAAAACCAUAGGAUUAUUGAGGCUAGCAUAUCUGCUUUGAUAAAGCUGGGAAAAGAUCGGACUCCACGAAAACUGGACAUGGUCAAAGCUGGCAUUAUUGAUAAUUGUCUUGCCCUGCUACCUGCUGCACCUAAUUCAUUAUGCUCCACAAUUGCAGAGUUAUUUCGCAUUUUAACCAAUAGUGGUGCCAUCGCUAGAAGUUCAGACGCUGCAAAGAUAGUAGAACCCCUUUUCAUGGUUUUGCUUCGUUCAGACUUUAGUCUCUGGGGACAGCACAGUGCCUUGCAAACACUUGUAAAUAUUUUGGAGAAGCCACAAAGCCUUGCAACUUUGAAUCUAACACCCAGCGAAGUCGUUGCUCCUCUAAUUUCCUUUCUGGAAUCUCCAUCCCAAGCCAUCCAGCAACUUGGCUCAGAAUUACUGACUUAUCUUCUUGAACAGGAACAUUUUCAACAAGACAUCACAACAAAAAAUGCGGUUGUACCACUUGUGCAGCUUGCCGGAAUUGGAAUAUUGAACCUGCAGCAAACAGCAGUAAAGGCUUUGGAAACAAUUUCCACUAUCUGGCCAAAGGCAGUUGCUGAUGCUGGGGGCAUCUUUGAGCUUUCAAAAGUCAUUAUUCAAGAUGAUCCUCAACCACCUCAUUCCCUGUGGGAAUCUGCUGCCUUUGUUCUUUGCAAUCUUCUGCAUUUCAAUGCUGAAUACUAUUUUAAAGUUCCCCUAGUUGUUCUGGUGAAAAUGCUGUUUUCAACAGUAGAAGAGACUGUCACUAUGGCACUCAGUGCAUUGAUAGUUCAUGACAGAAGUGACGCUUCAAGUGCUGAACAGAUGGCGGGAGCUGGUGCAAUCGAUGCAUUGCUGGACCUGCUAAGAUCUCAUCAAUGUGAAGAAGCAUCAGGAAGAUUACUUGAAUCUUUAUUUAACAAUACAAGGGUACGAGAAAUGAAGAUUUCCAAGUAUGCAAUUGCACCUUUAUCACAAUACUUGUUAGACCCUCAAACUAGAUCAGAGUCUGGUAGGCUUCUUGCAGCUUUAGCUCUUGGAGACCUCUCUCAGCAUGAAGGACUUGCUAGAGCCAGUGAUUCUGUUUCUGCUUGUCGUGCACUUAUAAGCCUUCUUGAAGAUCAGCCAACAGAAGAAAUGAAAAUGGUAGCCAUUUGUGCAUUGCAGAACUUUGUCAUGCACAGCAGAACAAAUAGGCGAGCCGUUGCAGAAGCAGGUGGCAUAUUAUUAAUUCAGGAACUACUGCUAUCUUGUAAUCCAGAAGUUGCUGGUCAGGCAGCAUUGAUGAUCAAAUUUUUAUUUUCAAAUCACACGCUCCAAGAAUAUGUAUCGAACGAGCUCAUUAGAUCUUUAACUGCUGCACUUGAGAGAGAGUUGUGGUCAGCAGCAACUAUUAACGAAGAGGUCUUGAGAACCUUAAAUGUGAUAUUCACAAACUUUCCUAAGCUCCAGGCUUCUGAAGCAGCUACCCUUUGUAUUCCUCAUUUGAUAGGCGCUCUUAAGUCUGGUAGUGAGAGUGCUCAGGAAUCUGUGUUAGAUACCCUAUACUUGUUACGGCAUUCUUGGUCACACAUGCCAAUGGAUAUUGCAAAGUCUCAAGCAAUGAUUGUAGCUGAAGCGAUUCCUAUCCUGCAAAUGCUGAUGAAAACCUGCCCUCCAAGUUUCCAUGAGAAAGCAGAUAGCCUGUUGCACUGCCUACCAGGGUGUUUGACUGUUACUAUCAAGCGUGGCAAUAAUCUAAAACAGGCUGUGGGAAGCACAAAUGCCUUUUGUCGGCUGACAAUUGGAAAUGGUCCACCUCGGCAAACCAAGGUUGUGAACCACAAUAAUUCUCCAGAAUGGAAAGAAGGCUUUACAUGGGCUUUUGAUGUACCUCCAAAGGGACAAAAACUUCAUAUUAUAUGCAAAAGCAAAAAUACAUUUGGAAAGGAUUUAUGGCAAUUGAUUAGUGAUGAAAUGGUGUUUGCCAAAGUUAGUGAGUGGACUACUCUUGGAAGAGUGACUAUUCAAAUUGACAAAGUCGUGACGGAGGGAGUAUACAGUGGGCUCUUCAGCUUAAAUCAUGACAGCAGCAAGGAUGGAUCUUCCAGAACGCUUGAAAUUGAAAUUAUAUGGUCCAGUAGGACAUCAAAUGACAGUAUAUAAAGAGUUUAAUUUCUUUGUUUUUCUUUUCUUAUGGAGAAAGCAUAUACAAGCAGUUCCAGCUGUGCAUGCUUCUCAAAGCAAUACGAGGAAAGCAGUGAUUGUCUCUUGAUCAGCCUUGGGUUCAUGUUGUGGGCAUGCUUGCAAGCAUUCGUAUCUUCCUAAGGUCCAGUUUUGUAGUAUGAGAGAUAACACGGUGCAUAAGAUGUAAAGAGUAUAAAAGUCGUUCAUGAGUUUUUUUUGGAGGUGGAAGGAAGUCGAAAGGGGUUCACGCGUAAUAGGAAAGUACAAAAUGCUGCUGCUCAGGAGUCUGCUGUACAGGUCAGUCUAUAGUUGUUAGCAAAUAAAACUUAUUUCUUAGAGAGAUGAGAAGAGAGAAAUAGGUAAAUGAAAGUUGAACUUGAACACGAUGGAGUCGAGCUUUCAGCACCAAGUGCUGCGAGUUCGAUUAUCAAGUCACCUGGCAAGAAUAUUUAUAUAGAAUGAGCUACUCUUUGAAGAUUGGUGCAUAAAAAGCAACGGAAGCGUGUCCCUGUUUUUCUUUUCCUUUCCUUUUCCUUUUGGUAGCAGAAAUGACAAGGGAUAUGCCCUUGUGUUUUCUAUUAUUAUUUGAAGAAAGAAAAUGUCCUCUACUUUUUUUUUUUCUAAAAUGUUGUUGUAAAUUACAUAAAGUGGGACUUGAACUUGGAUCACUCACAUAAAUUGCCUAAAGUCGAACUUAAGCCCCAAUCACUUCCAUAGAGACGACAGAAACUACCUACCUAAUCAGGUGUGGGUGAUUGGAAAUGUCCUUAUACUUUGAUUGCUUCUCUGCUGGCUUGUUUCUAUAUAAUUGUAAAUAAUAUUCGAUAUUCAGUAGUAGAUGGAAAUUCCAUGGUUAAUGAUUCCAUUCCA